ACAGAAACACUUUUGCCUUCUGCCGCGCCGUUUCUGCGACCACGACGAUUCUGUAGCGACCGCCUCCACGCUGUAGUCUGUAUCCUACCAACCUCACAUCAGUUUAUAUUUGCUGUUUCAUCAAUAACCGCGCGUUUUCAUUAAGCCGAACCCCGAAUUGAUACCAUCGAGGGGCACCGCUCGACUCCAAACUCCCACCCUACCAGCAUCAUCACCAAAUCAACUCGGACAGUCUUCCAUCAUGGCUCCCGCGCGUCAGCAGCCGCAACCGCAGUUCCAAAAGGACGAAAAGGUUCUGUGCUUUCAUCUUGACAUGCUCUACGAGGCCAAGGUCAUCGACGUGGAACCCGCAGACAAGGCCGCCGACGGAUUCAAAUACAAGAUUCACUACAAGGGCUGGAAGAACACGUGGGACGAUUGGGUCCUGGUAGAUCGCAUCCGACCCUUUGAUGAUGAGCAUAAGGAGCUUGCAGCGCAAUUGCAUGCUCAGCUUAAGCAGAGCACACAAAAGGCCAAUGCCAAACUCACCAAGAAGCCGACAAAAGGUGGCCCCGAUUCGAUGCGAGGCAGCGAAGAGCGCGGCGCAUCUGCUGCCCAAGGAGGACGAGGAGGUCGCAGAGGCAAGGACUGGGAGUUGGAACACGAAGAUGCUUUUCACAGCAAGCCCAUGAUCAACAUACCAGUCCCCGACCAUAUCCAGGCCAUGCUUGUUGACGACUGGGAGAACAUCACCAAGAACAACCAGCUUGUGCCCCUCCCCCAUAACCUGCCCGUCAGCAAGAUCUUUGAGGACUAUCUGAAGCACGAGCGUCCUCACCGCGAAGAAGGAUCCGCAAGCAUGGAUAUCCUCGAAGAAGUAGUAGCUGGCUUUAGAGAAUACUUUGAGAAGGCCCUGAGCAGAAUAUUACUCUACCGUUUUGAACGUCACCAGUACAUGGAUAUUCGAAAGCUGUGGGAUAACGGCGACGAUGAUUCCGAAUACAAGAGCGUUUGCGAUGUUUAUGGCGCUGAGCAUCUGGCGCGACUUAUUGUUUCUCUCCCCGAACUCCUUGCCCAAACGAAUAUGGAUCAACAGUCCGUGUCUCGUCUUCGCGAGGAAAUCGGCAAGUUUACAGUUUGGUUGGGCCGCAAUUGCCAGACCUACUUUGUCAACGAAUAUGAGACUCCUUCGCCGGAGUAUGUUGAGAAUGCCAGAAGCUUCUAAACAUGUACCAGCUAUUAGGUGAACCACGUGGGCUUGCUGUAUGAUUUCGGAGUUGGGUUUAACUUUUGUGAGCGUUUGUCGCCGUUGUUGUCUGGCGCGUCAAGGAUUCGCAUUUGGGCAUGGUUUGCAUUUAUGGAUUUUGUCGUUCUACAUGCGGCACAUAGAUUUCGUACUGGAGCAAGUACAAAAUUGAAAAAGAAAAUGAACAACUAUUUGACAUUAUAAUCACUGAUAUAUUUUAUAUGCUACACUCCUCCGUGUCUCGCUAUGAAUACAUUAAUACAAAAGAGAAAAAGCUCCGACCAGAUCCGUGGCCGGCCGCUGCUAUAGUACAAGAUUGAUGCUAUCCUCAAACGUCUUCCCCUAAAUUUUGUGACUUUAUUGCAUUCGUGGGACCGCUUUUUCAACGUAGAACCCGGCGUCUGGCGUUCUCUCGGCCUUGACUUGUUGUUUCGUCAACGGCGCCUCGACUUCACGCACGCGGACGAGCUCUUUGACUUUGAAGAUCAUACCGGCGAAUUGAGGCUCGGCUGGGUGGAAGACAGUCUGCAUACGGCGGUGAAGGCCAAGAGCAGACAAGACACCACGAGUUCGUUCAGGCAGGCCGAUGGCUGAGCGCUGCAGCGUUAUGCGGAAGUAGGACAUGAUUGUGGUUGGGUGGCGGAGGGUCGGAUAUGUGGUGGUGGUAUUUGUGAAUUUGGAAUGACGCAAAUAGCUUGUAUAUAGGGAUGUAUUGAUCCUGAUUCAAUGGUCUAACGCUUCAGAUUGUGUCGCGAACUUGGAAUCGAGCUUCGCAGAGUCGAGGGUUGCAGGUUUGGACAAGGGUGACUAGGGUUUCUUGUCGAUGGUCGAGCAAUUGCCGGCUAAUGUCUCCGAUGCAAUAAAAUCAAUUAUUACUGUCGGAAUUGGAGUUUUUAUAAGGAUUUGACGGUGGUUUGUUGCUGGGUUUGUUGAUC